AUGUCUUUACUUCACAGAAAGCAACUUGUCCGUUACGAGGAGGAGCAUAAGAACGUGAGACAGAUGUAUCAGGACAUACAGAGGGAUCCUUAUAAGUACCUCCUGACGCCUUUUGAAAAGUCUAAUGCUUAUGGACCAAUACCGAGGUUUAUACUUGGUUAUGGCCUCGGAGCUCUCUGGGGAGCUUACCAUUUGAGAAGAAAUAAUCAAUUACACCUGCUUUUUAAGUUUAGAAUUACUGGGGAUAUGGUUAUUGGGUUUUAUUCAAGAUUAUUGACCGGUUAUCUUAUUGGCGACAGAAUUGGCGCAAGGUACUUUUGUAAUUAUAGACUUAUAUUCUGUCAUAAAGUAGCUGAUUAUGAAAUUAGGAAAAUGACAAGACAGUGGCCAGAUGCUAAACCCUUCAUCCCGAUCCAUGAAAAACCAAAUUCAUACUUCUGGGUUUAA